AUGGAUGCGGCUACAGAGAGGUCUGAGUUUAGGCAAUCUUCUGCAAAUACCAAACCCUCUUUCGUAGAUAUGAUCAAUAUCUUGGUUGUGGACGACGAUGCAACCACUCUAGCUAUAGUUUCAGCAAUGCUUAAAACAUGGAGUUACCAAGUUGUCUCGGUUAGAAACCCUAUCGAUGCUUUGGCUACCCUUCGAGCGAGGAAAGGCAUAUUUGAUCUAGUUGUUACAGAUCUUCAUAUGCCUCAGAUGAAUGGGUUUGAAUUGCAAAAGCAUGUCCAUGAAGAAUUUAAGCUACCUGUUAUUAUGAUGUCCGCAGACGACAAAGAGAGUGUGAUACUAAAGAGUUUAGAGGGUGGAGUUGUGUACUAUAUAGUAAAGCCUGUGAGCAAAGAUGACAUUAAGAAUGUGUGGCAGUAUGCUGUUGCAGCUAAAAAGGGUAAAUCGGUUACCAUAGAGGAAAUAGAAAGUGCUCCAGGAGAAGCACCUGGUGAGGUCGAGGAUGGAAGUUCUGAGACAUCUUCUGAUACCGACGAAGAAAAACAGGAGAAAAAAGCUGAGGCCAAGGUCAAAAAGGAACGUAAGAGGCACAGGGAAGACGAUAAUGAAGAACGUAUGGUUGCCCCAAAGAAGCCAAAAGUGGUGUGGACAAAUUCACUUCACAAUCAGUUUCUGCUGGCCAUCAGACACAUUGGCUUGGACAAGGCUGUGCCAAAGAGGAUUCUCGAGUUCAUGAAUGUGCCAGGCUUAACUAGAGAAAAUGUAGCCAGCCAUUUGCAGAAGUAUCGUAUCUUCUUGAAACGAGUUGCGGAGAAAGCCAGGCUAUCCAAGUGCUUGUCUGAGAGGGUGUUCAGGUCAAGCUUUGCACUUGGCCAUCCAGCACUAGUCUUCAACAAUGUCCAACGAGACCAAUAUUAUUCACAACUCCUCAACCCACAGCAAAUGGGAACAUCAAUUGCCUCUACAUUUCAACCAUCAGCUGGAAAUGGAAACACCCUAGCUCUCACUGCUGCUGCUUCCAAUAACCUUGGCUCCAUCCAAUUCCCCAAUUACCAUCAAUCUUCAAGCAGCAACAGCAGCAGAUCCUUCCCUCAACUAAUCGGUUCAGGCCAGUCGCGUCUAUUGAGCAAUAAUCAAGCUAACAUUCUCUGCCAGCAACCAAUGCUUGGUAAUGGUAAUGGGGAUCAGCUGCUUUGCCAAGCAAACUGCCGCACGGCAGCUUUUGGGGUGCAACAAUUGAUGAACACUUUUGGCAAUGGAGGUAUGCCUUUUGGCCUAAUGAACAACAAUAUUGGACUUACCAACAAUAAUAUUGGUACAAACAGUUUGAUGCAAGUACACCCACAACAAAGUCAGCCAAGGCAUAAUGGAGUUUUCACUUUCACCAAUAACCCAUUCAGCUACAACUUUGCUACAUCAGGAAACCAGAUCAGUUCAAGUUAUACUCCAUUGUCUUCAAGCUUCGAGAACAUGGGGUCUAAUGUUAACAAUGUGAACCAGCAGGUGCCAAACUCCAGUCACCAGCUGGUUAGUAACUUUGCCGGAUCCCAAAUUAUGAGCAGCAGUGGCAGAGAGCUAGUAGGAUUAAUGGGUAGUCAACCAGCUGGGAUGCUCAAUGGGAACAAUAAUGGGAUUUUUAAUUCUGGUUACAUGGCUCAAUUGGGAGCUUCUUCAUCGUCGAUGUCUUCUUCUGCCGGUGCUGCCACCGCCCGCAGGGAAUGUUAA